AUGGCGCCGCCGGCCUUGCUUCCUAGGGCGAGCGCGUUGCGGCCUCUUGCCCCAGCCUCUUCUUCUCCCCUCCGCGCGCACGUCGUCGCGGCCACCCCAACGCCCCGCACGCCGCCACGCACAGCGCGUCCCGUGUCGCUGCUCUGCACCCCGCUCAGCAACGUGGACGCCGCCGCCGCCGCCGGCGGCGGUGGCCCCGACAAGGAACCUUACCGGUGGCCGUGGGGAUACGAGGACCCUCCCGCGUACGUGGAGGAGGACAUCGUGGAAACCCAACUCAGGUUCGUGCGCGAGUCCGGGGAGGCGGUGGCUGCGCUCAAGGCCGCGGCCGCCGACGCGUGCCGUGCGCUCGUCGACAACUUCGGCGACAUCCGCACUCUCAAGACCAUCUACGACGUCGAGGACUACCACAUCGGCAUGCCAUUCGGUGUGCUUAUUGCAUGCAUUGGUUGCUAUCAACUGUGGAAGCUAGAUCCCUCGACAUUCCUAGAUGUUGUAUUGGGCUACGCAUUCUACAGGCUCAGUGUCAUGGGUUCACACAUCCGGAGACAGGGGUCCUCGAAUGAUUUGUUCGGACGCCUCAAGUUUGUUAUUGUCGUAAUCAUGGCUGUGAAAGAUUUCAGGAAAAAUCUCGCUCCCAUUGAUUUUAUCAGGACACCAGUUUAUGCCCUCUAUUCCAUAUCGUUCGUUCAUGACAUAAUUGGCCUGAAGAAGUAUGGAAAAUAUUAUUUCGCUGUGACCAUCGAACUACUAAAAACUAAGGAGGGCAGGUGCAAGCUAGCGAGUUUUUUCUAA